AUCGAUUUAACGGAGACGCCAAAACCAAUGCCAACACCAAUACCGCUAACAAGAGCCAAGAAUCCACCGCCACUGCCUCAUGAGCUACACAACAACAUCAGCAGCAGCAGCAACACCAACAGCCAGUACGGCAGUCAGACUGCGCUCAACAAUCAUCAGCAUCCUCAUCAAACGUAUCAUCCCAACACUCCCACCACAAACACCACACCAGCGACACAAGCAACACAAGCGACACAGACAACAAAGACCACACAAACCACACAACCACCAGCUGCAGCAGCAACUGCAACCAAAAAACCCCAACAACUAAACACCAAUACACCAACAAAAGCUUCGCGCGAGGCCACACCAACAAGGGAACAGCAACGUGAGCAGCAACGCGAGCAGCAGCGUGAGCAGCAGCGCGAACAGCAGCGAGAGCAGCGAGAGCUUGCGACGCCAACACGCGAACAGAAGCAACACCAACAGCGGCGACAGCUACGCGACCAACGAGAACAACGCGAGCAGCGCGAACGUGAAUACCAAGUAAACGAACAACACCACCACGAACACCGCCAUGAACACCACCAUCGUGACCACCACGAGUUACAGCAGCAGCAGCAGCAGCAUCAGCAACACCACCACCACCCUCAUCAUUCCCAUCAGCAAUCAUCACAGCAGCAGCAGCAGCAGCAACAUCAACAUCAACAGCAGCAGCGCUACAGCAGCAGCAACAGCUACAAAUCUCAUAAUAAUUCCGUUUACCAGUAAAGAAAAUCGAAAGUGAAAAAUGCAAUUGGAGCAAACAACAGUUUUUGGGAACAUUCUUUCAAGCUAAAACAACAAUUCAACCAGUCAACAGUUUAAUUGUGCUAACUUUUCCAACCCAGAACCCAGAACCCAGAACCCAUUCCCCCCUCAUGCACGCCUCUUAUUACACUGAACAAAACGCGCUUGAAUUGGUAACAUUCAAAUAUUCCCCUGGAAAAUGCCGUAAACGUAUACGUGGAAUAUUGUAGAUUACAUUUUUAAUUAAAUUGAAUGUUGUUCCAAAGAGCCCCUCCAAUCUCACCUUCCCUUCCACAGCUUAUCCCAUAGAGAAUUUCCAUGUCGUGUCGUUUUUGUUGUAGCUAAAGAGAUGCUCUAAAAAAAAAAA